AUGGGACCAAAGAUCGACCACUGGAACAACGAGAAGGAGCGAGUGGUGGUGAUCACAGACUUAGCCCUGCUGAUCUGCAAAUACGACUUCAUCAUGCUCAAGUGCCUCCAGCUGCAGAGGGUCCCCCUGAACAAUGUCAACCGCAUCUGCCUGGGAUCCUUCGCCUUCCCAGAGCGGUCCCUGGACAGGAGAGAAGGAGAAGGCCUGAGGAUCUACUGGGGUAAGCAGCGAGAACCUGAUUUCCUCUCCCGCUGGAACCCGUUUUCCACCGAAGUGCCUUAUGCAACUUUCAUGGAACAUCCGGUGAAGAACACCAACGAGAGGUUUAGCGACAUCUGCCAGAUUUCCAUGUUUGUGUCUCAGCUGGUGCCGGCGGUGCAGAGCGUGCAGGCCAAGGAUCCGGCCCGGACGGAGGGGGUGAGAGUGGAGCAUGAGCCUCUCGCUAUCGACACCUACACGGGGCUGAUGUCUUUCAUCGGGAACCGAAACAAACUGGGUUAUUCCCUCGCUCGGGGGAGCGUUGGCUUCUGAAGGGCAGCAAUUGGGGUGG